UUUCUCCACAAGACUAGAUGCCGUUUGUGUUUCGUGUGUGCGCAGCUCUCAUAUUAAUUUUAAUCUCAUCGUCAUACGCCAUUAUUAUCGUGACGCCACAUUUUAGUGUAUAUUUACAAUUUAUUUUAUAAAAUAAAUAACCGGUGUGUGUAUUUAUUGAAGAGGUGCAUUUAAUUAAUAAUGAGUGACAAUGAGCACAGUGGAAGUAGAAGUCCAAGUCCAAGAAGACCUCGUGCUGAUGAUGGAGGUAUUCGUGAUUCACGUUCACGUUCAAGAUCACGUAAAUCACGUGAACAUAAAGAUGUUGGACACAGGUCAAUAAAAGAAUAUUCAAGAUCAAGGAGUCGUUCAGUAUCACGUGGAAGAAAAUCAUAUCGUAAUGCCAAAUAUACAACAGGAAGAAGUCGUAGUCGAUCACCAUAUCGUAGUGGAGGUGGUGGUAGAGGAGGUGGUGGUGGUGGUGAUGGAAGAUAUUCAAGAAGUCAUUCACGAUCAUAUUCACGUUCACGUUAUUCACGUGAUAAAAAUAUGUUUAGAUCACACUCAAGAAGUCCAAUGUCAUCAAGACGACGACAUGUUGGUAAUCGUGAUAAUCCAUGUCCAUCAAGAUGUCUUGGUAUAUUUGGAUUAUCAAUAUAUACAACUGAAUUACAAAUACAUCAUAUUUUUUCAAAAUAUGGUCCAGUUGAACGUGUUCAAGUUGUCAUUGAUGCCAAAACUGGCAGAUCAAGAGGUUUUUGUUUUGUUUAUUUUGAAUCAAGUGAAGAUGCUAAAGUUGCAAAAGAACAAUGUUCUGGUAUGGAAAUUGAUGGUCGUAGAAUAAGAGUUGAUUUUUCAAUAACACAACGUGCACAUACACCAACACCUGGUAUUUAUAUGGGUAAACCAACACAUUUAAAUGAACGAGGAUGGAGUGGUAGUGGAAGUGGUGGUCCACGUCGUAGAGAGUCAUCUAAUCAUCGAGGAAGCUAUCGUCGUUCACCAAGUCCUUAUUACAGUCGUCGUAGAUCACGUUAUGAUCGAUCCAGGUCACGCUCUUACUCGCCACGUUUUGAAUCAAGAGGUAUUGGAUGAUAGAGGGAAGUUUGAAGUAAAAAAAAAACGUGAAAAAUGUUUGAAGAUUUGCACAUCAAGAUUAUCUUGCUAGAACAAUACACAGUUUGAAAACGCAAUAUAAAAAAUUUAAAUUAAAGAAAAAAUAUCGAGUCAAGAAUGAAAUAUAAUAAUUUAAAAAAUAAAAACUAUUUGAGUUCGCGAUUGUGACAAAGAAUAUGAUCUGGAGAAAUCAAAAAUUAAAUAAAUAAUUAAUUAAUAAAACGGCAAGAGAAGUCUCGAGACUUGAAGAAAUAAAAAAAAAUAAACUAACUAACUGCCUUCGGGUGAAGUAAAGGCAUCAAGAAAAAUAAAAAAAAAAAUUUAAGUGAUUAAAAAAAAAUUCGAAUGUUGAGCUUAAUGAAUCCCGGACCUAUUCAAGAAUUUUUUAAUAAAAUUUAAAAAUAUAAAUAAAUAAAUUGUGGGUCGGGGAUGCCUAUGGCGAACAACACGUGCAAUUAUCAAGAAUUCAUCAGAAAAUUGCAAAACAUCUUAAAAAAAAAAUUAAUAAAAAUUAUAUUAAUAUAUUUACUGAUCAUAUUCUUUAUCAGUUUGUUUUUAUUUUUUGAGAUAAUAAUAUCGUAGAAGAAUUUCAAUAAAUGAUUUAUAUAAAAAAUAAAAAAGUAAAUAUAUUCAAAUCAACUUGAUCCUUCCUAAUAUCCCUCCAUUAAUCCAACACCUCCUUCCAAUAAAAUAGAAGAAAAUAAAAAGAAAACAAUUUAUAAAAAAAUAAAAAAAUUUAUUUGUGUUUUGUAUUAUUAUUAUGUUAAAUAUUAUGUGUCAAUGUUUAAUAAAGUGGAAAUAACUUGUUUUAUAUUCCUUUUCCAAA